AACAAAAGCACGACAUCACCGUCAACACAACUCGAUGAACUCGUAUAAUAUGUUUGGAUUGAACGAAAAUUAUCUCUAAUUAAUAUAGCAUAUAAAUACAACAGCUAGUUUAUUACAGUGAUAUUCCGAAGUCAACAACACAAUUAAUAAAUCCGUGGCUCGGAAGAUAACGUUAUGACUUAUAAUAAAUUGAAAAUAAAAAAUGUAUAAUUACUUAUAUCGGUCGUUGAGGAAGGGCUAAUUAUUUUUAAUUAAAGAAGUAUUUUAAUAAAGUUGAAAAACAACUCGAUAGCUAAUCUAUUCGUUUGAAAUUUGUAUGGUCGCUUAAUAUGAAACAAUAAAAUACGUAUUAUUAUGUUUAGGAGUAGAUAAAUUGCAAUAGCUAUGCUAGAAGAAGCCGAUGAAUCAGAACGAUUACCCGUAUAAUAAGAUUGAUUACACUUUUAUCGGCAGUCUAUUGAAAAACAGACAAUUAUCCAAUGAACAGUGCACGUUUAUCACGGAUUCUUAUAUAUUAAUAUGUUUAAUCAUACUCAGUCAAACGAAUGGACUCGAAUUGGUUGAAAUCCUAUAACGGACAGAUUAUAAUCCGCACAUAGACAUGACAUUCCCACCUUACUAGUAAGACACUUUCAUUCUGCGAUCAGUAUUUAAAUGUUAAAUAUUACAACCGAGUCGUAUUAAUUUUGUCGGUUUCGGAUGAUACAAUGACCGUUGCAAAUCAAUACGAGGAUAAUACACAAUAACAAAUAUUGAUAGGUCGUACAAGACUGCAACAACAUACAAAUUAUAAUAUAAUUGCAGUUUAUUUUUUCUGUACACAAGUAUGGAACUGUGUAAAAUGUGAGGUACUUUGGAAACUAGCCAACCGCAAGAAUAAUGAAGCGAGACAAGACUAGGCUCCUUUUGAAGCUCGUGCUUUGUACGGGUGUGAUAAGUGUUUACUCAUUCGUCAUGAGCUCCUCCCUUAUAUAUUCGUCGAUACUUUUAGCACAGCUUCAUGAUCCAUUAUCUACCAUACAAAUCGACAACAAUACGGCGUCGUGGAUAGCUAGCAUACCAAACUUGGUUGGUCCCGUUGGUUUGAUUGUAACUGGAUUGAUAACGGACAAAAUUGGCAGGAAAAAAAUUUUGCAGUUCACUUACAUACCGAUUAUCCUGAGUUGGCUCUUGCUAAUUUUCGCCAAUGACACCAACUGUAUUUUAAUUGCAAGAAUCCUUUUAGGCUAUUCUUACGGCUGCGGCAUAGUGGUAUUCAUGUACGUGUCUGAAACCUGCCCUACGGUCUACCGGCCACUUUUUCUGGCCAUUAUCAACGUGUUCACCGGUAGUAGUAUGUUUUGCGCCUCGGUAAUGGGUAUGUACUUAAAUUGGCGAACGAUGGCGGCUGUGUACGGCACGAUCAGCUUGUUUGGCGCGAUUGGCCUGUUAGCCGUACCGGAACCGCCGAUGUGGCUCAGAUCUCGCGGCCGGACAGAAGAAGCGUUGCGGGCUGAAAGGUGGUUAGGCGAGCAAGUACAGCAGGACGACAAUGGCGGUGACAACGAAAAGCCUUUCACAGUGACCACGCGACCCAAAUGCCCGACAGAGUGGUCCGCGUACACCGGUCCCACCGUCUGGAAGCCCGCGGUGUACGGGCUCACGUUCUUGUUCCUGCAGCAAUGCACUGGCAUCUAUGUCCUAAUUUCUUAUUCAGUAGACGUACUUCGGGACGUCGGCAUUCCUAUGGACGGUCUGACAGUCACAGCAUUUCUAUCAUUCGCCAGGAUGGGCGGCAGUUUGACGUUCGCUGUUCUGUCGGGCGUUAGGCGGAGAACCCUGACCACCGUCUCGUGCUUGGGUAUGUUUUCUGGACUAGCCGUCAUCGUCAGUUACUUGUACUUGUUUGAAGGCGUCUCAGAUCCGCCGUACGGUAACGCACUUAUCAUCGCCUUUUUCGUGUACGUCUACUUUUCCCUGUUGGGAAUGCUGCCUCUACCUUGGAGCCUCACCGGUGAACUCUUUCCUAUGCCUGUCAAAGGUAUUAUGAACGCAGUGGUUCAGUCUGCUGGAUACGAAAUGCUGUUUGGCGCUACAAAAGUCUAUCCAAUGUUGGUUUCAAUGCUAGGCAUAAAAAUAGUAUGGGCAAUUUUCACCGGUUCUUGUUUAUUGACUGCCAUGUACGGUUGGUUUUUAUUGCCAGAGACCAAAGGAAAAUCGUUGGAUGAAAUCUUAGAGGGCUUCGAACCAAAAAUCAAAAAAUCCCAUAACACUUCUGUAACGUAAUUCUUUAACUCGUUAUUAUUUAGUUGUAAUUUUUUUAUUAUUUAGUUUUUUUACGUUGUCCAAGUUCUAUGUAUAUUGUACAAUAUGUAAAUAUAUUUUUUAUGUGUGUUCAAAAUGUAAUUUAAUUAUACUAAUGUAUAUAUCGUUUA